AUGCUUCAAGAAAUGAUAGCACAGUACAAAGAAGCCCUGGUGGGAAUUACAGUGGUAGGGCCGGAGUUUGAGCCUGGGGAACUGCAGCCUCCGUCCUGCAGCCCGGCCAAGCCCCGGCACCGGGGCUGCACCAGCGGCGAUCCCGCAGGCCGCGGGACGGGAAGGUGCCGGGGAUCCCGGGCAUUCCGCAGGCAGGGAAGUACAGAAGCUCACGCCCAGGUCCCACCCGAGCCCCGAGGCGGCCCGGCGGGCGCUCCGAUGCCAAGGAGCGCACGGCGAUGCCCCAUUGAGCCCUUAAGCGCCGCUGAUGGCCCGGGCGCGGCGCGGCCUCCCCUGCCCGGGGCCUUUGGCCCUCGGGGCCGCGCGCCCCGACCGGCGCUCGGCGCUCUCGCCCCUCACGCAGCGCGGUCACGGCCGCGGGGCGCCCCAGGCGGCCCGGCCGAGCCCGCGCCGCCGUCCAUGGCGACCCGCCCGCCGUGGCUGUGGCUGUGCCUGGCCGGGCUGCUGAGCCUGAGGGUGGCCCGUGCCCUGCCCCUGCUCCCCGACCCGCGGGACUCGGUGCUGGCCGCGGCCUUGCAGCGCCUUCGGGAGGUCUUCGACAUCGAGGAGCCGCCGCCCGACGUGCUGCCCCGCAAGAAGCCGCCCCAGUUCAUGGUGGAUCUCUUCAACAAGGUGGCCGACGCCAACGGCAUCACCCGCGCCCCGGGGCUGCUGCAGGGAGACGUGGUGCGCAGCUUCGAGGACCGAGUUCACGUGGACCACCACCACUUCUACUUCGACAUCAGCGCGAUGGAGAAGAACGAGCAGAUGCUGAAAGCCGAGUUCAGGGUCUUCAAGCUUAAGAGGACGCAUCGGUCCAGAAGGUCCUUCACGCAACACUUCUGCAAAGUGGAAGUGUAUGAGCUCUUGGAGAGUGAAAAUAAGCCACAGAAAAAACAUCUCAUUGCAUCAAGAUUAUUGUCCCUCCAUACGGAAGGCUGGGAAGUCUUCAAUGUCACACAGACAGUUUCCAAGUGGGUUGGAAACAGCAGCUCCAACCAUGGCUUUUGGAUAACUGCAACACAUGUUUCCAAGAAUGGAAUGGAACACGACGUGGUUACAUUUGCCAAGAGCCAGGGCACUUUGCAGGAGAGCAGAAAUGCUCUCCUUGUUCUCUUCACGAACAGCAACAAGCGGAGGUCUCACAGCUUUGUACCCUUUGCUGCAAAAUCAGAAACUGAUGAAUCUGAUGCUUCACGUGUUUCUCAUGGCACUGCUGUCAUGGAAAGCAGCAGUGCCAGCAUGAGCAGGAGACCCCGAGCUGCCGCAGCCGCUGCUGCCAGAAGCCCCUUAGCAGCAUGUCACCGAAGGGAGCUCUAUGUAGAUUUCCAUGCUAUUGGCUGGUCAAGAUGGAUUAUUCACCCAGAUGGAUACAAUGCAUAUUAUUGCAGAGGAUCCUGCAUCUUCCCUUUGGGGGGAAGUCUAAAUGCAACAAACCAUGCUACAGUUCAGUCCAUUGUUUAUACACUGAAAUUGUCUCAAGAUGUCAGCAUGCCCUGCUGUGUGCCAGAUGAAUUGAAGUCCCUCAAUCUUCUCUACUUUGAUGACAAACUGAAUUCUGUCCUUAAAAAUUAUAAAGACAUGGUGGCAACAAGCUGUGGCUGUCAUUAG